AUGCCGCAGCCCCGGCCGAUGCCCACUAGGGGAGAGGUGAGCGGAGCAGCCGGCCCGCGCGGGGCCAAUGGCAGCGGGCAGCGCUCACCCCACCGCGCUCAAGGGCACCGCGGGCCCGGGCACCGGCUCGGCCCCGACACCCAGCCACGGCCGGCAACGCUGCCCCGCUCGCCGGAGAACAAAGAGAGAACAGACAGGAAAGUCACAGGCCUGUCCUCAGACAUUUGGCCUCAGUCCCCUUGCAAUCAAGUGGAACUCCACCUGGAUUCUUGCCUCUCAGUGAUGUCCAAGCCCCCGAGCCCCGCUCACCUCCCGGCAGCAGCAGCGACCACGGCUGUGCGCGCCUCCUCGGCGCCGCCCUAUUUAAGGCGAGCACGGCGGGAGCGGCGUGUGCGUGUGCCGAGCCCGCCUCCGCCUCCUCCUCCUCCGCCUCCUCCGCCCGUCCGCGCCCCCGGCGGGCGCUGCGACUCGGCCUUCUCCGUGGCUGGGGCUCGUCCCUCCCCCUCCCUCGCCCCUGCCCACAGUAACUCACACAAACCCGCGGGGAGGAAACGUUGUACCGGGCGGGCACAAAUGACAGAGAUGCACAGGGAGCUGAGCGGAGCGCUGGCGCUACUGCCGCUUAACACCUUACAGGGUAUUCACAUCACUCUACUAAAUCAGGGAUGAAAGGACCUGCACCAUAUUCCCAGAAAGUAGUGGAGGGCAUGGCUUUGCCCCAUGCAGAAGGCGGUUUGAGCUUGCCUGGAAUGCCAUGAUGGGCAUGUGGCAUGUUGACAGAGCAGCAGCACCCUCCCACCAAGCAGGAUCUUUUCUGCAGGACAUGAAAAUAUGGAUGGGUCUUCUCACCAAACCACAGUUGUGCAGAUGUACAACCACAGAUCCUGGUUUGAAAAAGAGCAGUCUAAAUUUGCAGAAGCAGAACUCAAAGUAUCUUUUUCUGGAGGCAAUCUUUUCUUUUUAGUCUUUUGAGAAAACAACUGUAAAAGUAAUUUGUUCAUUACCCUUAAGGAAAUAAAAGCAAGAAACAAAUUCAAAGUGGAAGGUCAAAAGGGCUGUUUUCAUUAAUAAGAAACUACUAGUGUCUUUCAGAUAAUACUCCAGUUUAAAGAUUUAUGUGAUCAUUUUUGUGCAUCAAAACUCUUGCAAAUAACUCCCAGUCCAACAGAAACAAGUCACCAUUGAUGCUGAGGGACUCUCUCAGCCCUACUUCCACUGAAAUCUAGAAUAAGAUUCCCCUGGCUUUUCACAUGGUA